CAGAAAAACUUGAGCUCGCCACAUCUUGCACUCGGACAGAACUGCUGAUCAUACUGACCCAUCGAGCGUUGUGACCGGCUCUGAGAGGGAAGUGUUCGAGCAAAUCGCAGCGAUGGCGCAGGCAGUGAGGUGCGCGAGCAUCGCGUCGUCGUCGUUCGUGAGGUCCGUGGAGCGACUGGGCGUGCAGAAUGGGUCGCGCGUGGUGGCCAGGUUCUCGGUGCCGGGCAAGGCCAAGCAGGCUGCCAAGGCCGCGUCCAAGGCGGUGAAGAAGGCUUCGGGCUCCGGCGCUGGCAGGCCGCUGUGGUUCCCCGGCGCGCAGGCGCCCGAGUGGCUGGACGGAUCCCUCCCCGGAGACUACGGAUUCGACCCCUUGAGCCUGGGCAAGAGCCCGGAGUACCUGCAGAUUGAGCUGGACUCGCUGAACCAGAACCUGGCCAAGAACGAGGCCGGAGAUGUGAUCGGAACCCGCAUCUCGAAGAAGGAGGAGAUCGCCCCAACCCCGUUCCAGCCGUACAGCGAGGUGUUCGGCCUGCAGAGGUUCAGGGAAUGCGAGCUGAUCCACGGGCGCUGGGCCAUGCUUGCCAUAUUGGGGGCCCUGUCCGUGGAGGCGUUCACGGGCGUGACAUGGCAAGAUGCCGGCAAGGUUGAGUUGGUGGACGGUGCUUCAUACUUCGGGCUGCCCCUGCCGUUCAGCAUCACCAGCCUGGUUUACAUCGAGGCAUUUUUGGUGGGAUUCAUCGAGUUCCAGAGGAACGCGGAGCUGGACCCCGAGAAGCGUCUUUAUCCGGGCGGGAAGUUCUUCGACCCACUGAACUUCGCGGACACGGAGGACAAGAAGGAGACAUUGAAAUUAGCCGAAAUCAAGCACGCGAGGCUGGCGAUGGUUGCCGCUUUGGGUUUCGCAGCGCAGGCCGCUGCCACGGGCAAGGGACCCCUGGACAACUGGGCCACUCACCUGGCGGACCCCCUGCACACCACAAUCUUCGACACGUUUUCGAAGUGAAGUAGGAUGUUGAUUGUAGUCGGAAGAUGAGAGUAUGAAACUGUAAGCAGGCAAUGUAAUUUAAAUGAAGUCAAUAUUCUUGUUCUGUACGAUGCGGAGUGUGUGGUGUGGAGACAUGGGUGUGGCGCAUCCCGGAGGCGGAGGUGUAGAUGGUGGGUUGUGUAGGUGCUGGGACAGGACCCCAUCGGUCGGGGUGAUUGGCGUGGAUUACGCAUGACGAGGAAUGUUGUUUUGAGUACCGCGAAUCGCAGUGUCGGUUGCCGCCGCUGUGCCAGUCUGCAUCCCGGCACCGCCGUCGAGAAUGCUUAGGGGCGUCUAAUUCUGAAAUCAUGGUGGAGUAAUGGUCAGACGUUAAUAAUCUGCACCUUAGACCGUCAUUUGUCAACCUUGUGGACGUCAUUGACGAUUGCUACAAUUCCAAGGUAGAUUUUAUACGCGGUUAUAAUUGAACUUAGUCUUCCCUCCUAAUCUUGUCAUUGA